AGGGACCCUCCACUCCUGAGUCCUGGCCCACCCAGGAGGACGCUUCGCCAGUGCUACUGUGCCACGAGGACCCGUGUCUGAAAUGAGAGCCAUGCCCUGGAGCUGGACUUGCCUGCUGUCCCAUCUCCUGAUGGUGGGGAUGGGCUCCUCCACUCUGCUGCCCCGGCAGCCACCCCCGCCAUCCCAGAAGCGGUCUUUUGUGACAUUUCGCGGGGAGCCAGCGGAGGGCUUCAACCACCUGGUGGUGGACAGGAGGACAGGGCACAUUUACCUGGGGGCCGUUAACCGGAUCUACAAGCUCUCCAGCGACCUGAAGGUCUUGGUGACCCACCAGACAGGGCCGGACGAGGACAACCCCAAUUGUUACCCGCCCCGCAUCGUCCAGACGUGCAAUGAGCCGCUGACCACCACCAACAAUGUGAACAAGAUGCUCCUGAUAGACUACAAGGAGAACAGGCUGAUUGCGUGCGGGAGCCUGUAUCAAGGCAUCUGUAAGCUCCUGCGGCUGGAGGACCUCUUCAAGCUGGGGGAGCCGUUCCACAAGAAGGAGCACUACCUGUCGGGGGUCAACGAGAGCGGCUCUGUCUUUGGCGUGAUCGUCUCCUACAGCAACCUGGACGACAAGCUCUUCAUCGCCACGGCAGUGGACGGGAAGCCAGAGUAUUUCCCCACCAUCUCCAGCCGGAAGUUGACUAAGAACUCAGAAGCGGACGGCAUGUUCGCGUAUGUCUUCCACGAUGAGUUUGUGGCCUCCAUGAUUAAGAUCCCUUCAGAUACCUUCACUGUCAUCCCGGACUUCGACAUCUACUACGUCUAUGGCUUCAGCAGUGGCAACUUUGUCUACUUUUUGACCCUUCAGCCUGAGAUGGUGUCUCCCCCGGGCUCCACCACGAAGGAGCAGGUUUAUACAUCCAAGCUCGUGAGGCUCUGCAAGGAGGACACCGCCUUCAACUCCUACGUGGAGGUGCCCAUCGGCUGUGAGCGCAGCGGCGUGGAGUACCGCUUGCUUCAGGCUGCCUACCUGUCCAAAGCCGGCGCCGUGCUCGCCCAGACCCUCGGAGUCCGUCCAGAGGACGACCUCCUCUUCACUGUCUUCUCCAAGGGCCAGAAGAGGAAGAUGAAAUCCCUGGAUGAGUCGGCCCUCUGCAUCUUCAUCUUGAAGCAGAUCAAUGACCGCAUUAAGGACCGGCUCCAGUCCUGCUACCGGGGCGAGGGCACGCUGGACCUGGCCUGGCUCAAGGUGAAGGACAUCCCCUGCAGCAGCGCGCUCUUAACUAUUGAUGAUAACUUCUGUGGCCUGGAUAUGAAUGCACCCCUGGGCGUGUCCGAGAUGGUCCGUGGCAUCCCUGUCUUCACGGAGGACAGGGACCGCAUGACUUCUGUCAUUGCAUAUGUCUACAAGAACCACUCCCUGGCCUUCGUGGGCACCAAAAGUGGCAAGCUCAAAAAGAUCCGGGUGGAUGGACCCAGGGGCAACGCCCUCCAGUAUGAGACGGUGCAGGUGGUGGAGCCGGGCCCUGUGCUCCGGGAUAUGGCCUUCUCCAAGGACCACGAGCAACUCUACAUCAUGUCAGAAAGGCAGCUCACCAGAGUGCCCGUGGAGUCCUGUGGUCAGUAUCGGAGCUGCAGUGAGUGCCUUGGCUCGGGUGACCCCCACUGCGGCUGGUGUGUGCUCCACAACACAUGUACCCGGAAGGAGCGCUGUGAGCGGUCCCGAGAACCCCACAGGUUUGCCUCUGAGAUGAAGCAGUGUGUCCGGCUGACUGUCCAUCCCAGCAACAUCUCUGUGUCUCAGUACAAUGUCCUGCUGGUCCUAGAGACGUACAAUGUCCCGGAGCUGUCAGCUGGUGUCAACUGCACGUUUGAGGACCUGUCAGAGAUGGAUGGGCUGGUGGUAGGCAAUCAGAUCCAGUGCUACUCCCCGGCGGCCAAGGAGGUGCCCCGGAUAAUCACGGAGAAUGGGGACCACCAUGUCGUCCAGUUGCAGCUCAAGUCAAAGGAGACAGGCAUGACCUUUGCCAGCACCAGCUUUGUCUUCUACAACUGCAGCGUCCACAAUUCGUGCCUGUCUUGUGUGGAGAGCCCAUUCCGCUGCCACUGGUGUAAAUACCGACACGUCUGCACCCACGACCCCAAGACUUGCUCCUUCCAGGAAGGCCGAGUGAAGCUGCCUGAGGACUGCCCCCAGCUGCUGCGAGUGGACAAGAUCCUGGUGCCCGUGGAGGUGAUCAAGCCCAUCACGCUGAAGGCCAAGAACCUGCCACAGCCGCAGUCCGGGCAGCGCGGGUAUGAGUGCGUCCUCAACAUCCAAGGCAGCGAGCAGAGGGUGCCCGCCCUGCGCUUCAACAGCUCCAGCGUGCAGUGCCAGAACACCUCUUAUUCCUACGAAGGGAUGGAGAUCAACAACCUGCCCGUGGAGCUGACGGUUGUGUGGAACGGACACUUCAACAUCGACAACCCUGCUCAGAACCGAGUUCACCUCUAUAAGUGCGGAGCCAUGCGCGAGAGCUGCGGCCUGUGCCUCAAGGCGGACCCUGACUUCGAGUGCGGCUGGUGCCAGGUCCAGGGCCAGUGCACCCUGCGGCAGCACUGCCCCAUCCACGAGAGCCAGUGGCUGGAGCUAGCGGGCCCCAACAGCAAGUGUACGAACCCCCGAAUCACAGAGAUAAUCCCUGUGACGGGCCCCCGGGAAGGGGGCACCAAGGUCACCAUCCGAGGAGAGAACCUGGGCCUGGAAUUCCGGGACAUCGCCUCCCACGUCAAGGUGGCCGGCGUGGAGUGCAGCCCCUUGGUGGAUGGGGGUCUGUCCUCUCCUCCCUGCAGGAUCGUGUGUGAGAUGGGGGAGGCCAAGCCCAGCCAGCAUGCCGGCUUCGUGGAAAUCUGUGUGGCCGUGUGUCGGCCUGAGUUCAUGGCCCGGUCCUCUCAGCUCUACUACUUCAUGACGCUGACUCUCUCAGACCUGAAGCCCAGCCAGGGGCCCAGGUCCGGAGGCACCCAGGUGACCAUCACGGGCACCAACCUGAACGCGGGCAGCAAUGUGGUGGUGCUGUUCGGGAAGCAGCCGUGCCUCUUCCACAGGCGCUCUUCGUCCUACAUCGUCUGCAACACCACAUCCUCGGAGGAGGUGCUGGCGAUGGAAGUGAUGGUGCAGGUGGACAGGGCCAAGAUCCACCAGGACCUGGUCUUCCAGUACAUGGAGGACCCCACCAUCGUGCGGAUUGAGCCGGAGUGGAGCAUCGUCAGUGGGAACACACCCAUCACCGUGUGGGGGACUCACCUGAACCUCAUCCAGAACCCCCAGAUCCGUGCCAAGCACGGAGGGAAGGAGCACAUCAAUCUCUGUGAGGUUCUGAACGCCACCGAGAUGACCUGCCAGGCUCCGGCCCUCGCUCUGGGGCCGGACCACCAGUCUGACCUCACCGAGCGGCCUGAGGAGUUCGGCUUCAUCCUGGACAACGUCCAGUCCCUGCUCAUCCUCAACAAGACCAACUUCACCUACUAUCCCAAUCCUGUCUUCGAGGCCUUUGGUCCCUCGGGAAUCCUGGAGCUCAAGCCUGGCACCCCCAUCAUCCUGAAGGGCAAGAACCUGAUCCCCCCAGUAGCUGGGGGCAACGUGAAGCUGAACUAUACCGUGCUGGUCGGGGAGAAGCCGUGUGCCGUGACGGUGUCUGACGUGCAGCUGCUCUGCGAGUCGCCCAACCUCAUCGGCAGGCACAAAGUGAUGGCCCGCGUUGGCGGCAUGGAGUACUCCCCGGGGAUGGUGUACAUCGCCCCGGACAGCCCGCUCAGUUUGCCCGCCAUCGUCAGCAUCGCCGUGGCGGGUGGCCUCCUCAUCAUCUUCAUCGUGGCCGUGCUCAUCGCCUACAAACGCAAGUCCCGCGAAAGCGACCUCACGCUGAAGCGGCUGCAGAUGCAAAUGGACAACCUGGAGUCCCGCGUGGCCCUGGAGUGCAAAGAAGCCUUUGCUGAGCUGCAGACAGACAUCCAUGAGUUGACCAGUGACCUGGAUGGAGCUGGGAUUCCCUUCCUGGACUAUAGAACCUACACCAUGCGGGUGCUGUUCCCGGGAAUUGAAGACCAUCCUGUCCUCCGGGACCUUGAGGUACCCGGCUACCGGCAGGAGCGCGUGGAGAAAGGCCUGAAGCUCUUUGCCCAGCUCAUCAACAACAAGGUGUUCCUGCUGUCCUUCAUCCGCACGCUCGAGUCUCAGCGCAGCUUCUCCAUGCGCGACCGCGGCAACGUGGCCUCGCUCAUCAUGACGGUGCUGCAGAGCAAGCUGGAGUACGCCACCGACGUGCUGAAGCAGCUGCUGGCUGACCUCAUCGACAAGAACCUGGAGAGCAAGAACCACCCCAAGCUGCUGCUUCGGAGGACUGAGUCAGUGGCCGAGAAGAUGUUGACCAAUUGGUUCACCUUCCUGCUCUACAAGUUCCUCAAGGAGUGUGCCGGGGAACCCCUCUUCUCGCUCUUCUGCGCCAUCAAACAGCAGAUGGAGAAGGGGCCCAUCGAUGCCAUCACGGGUGAGGCCCGCUACUCCCUGAGUGAGGACAAGCUCAUCCGCCAGCAGAUCGACUACAAAACCCUGGUCCUGAGCUGUGUCAACCCAGACAACGCCAACAGCCCUGAGGUCCCAGUGAAGAUCCUCAACUGUGACACCAUCACUCAGGUCAAGGAGAAGAUUCUGGAUGCCAUCUUCAAAAACGUGCCCUGCUCCCACCGGCCCAAGGCUGCAGAUAUGGACCUGGAGUGGCGACAAGGAAGCGGGGUGCGGAUGAUCCUGCAGGACGAAGACAUCACCACCAAAAUCGAGAACGACUGGAAGAGACUGAACACGCUGGCCCAUUACCAGGUGCCUGAUGGUUCUGUGGUGGCCCUAGUGUCCAAGCAGGUGACAGCCUACAACGCAGUGAACAACUCCACUGUCUCCAGGACCUCGGCGAGCAAAUACGAGAACAUGAUCCGGUACACGGGCAGUCCCGACAGCCUCCGCUCGCGCACGCCCAUGAUCACCCCCGACCUGGAGAGUGGAGUCAAGAUGUGGCACCUGGUGAAGAACCAUGAGCACGGGGACCAGAAGGAGGGGGACCGGGGGAGCAAGAUGGUGUCCGAGAUCUAUCUCACCCGACUACUGGCCACUAAGGGCACGCUGCAGAAGUUCGUGGACGACCUCUUUGAGACCAUCUUCAGCACCGCGCACCGUGGCUCUGCCCUGCCCUUGGCCAUCAAGUACAUGUUCGACUUCCUGGAUGAGCAGGCUGAUAAGCAUGGCAUUCACGACCCGCACGUCCGCCACACCUGGAAGAGCAACUGUCUGCCUCUGCGCUUUUGGGUCAACAUGAUCAAGAACCCCCAGUUUGUGUUUGACAUCCAUAAGAACAGCAUCACGGACGCCUGCCUCUCCGUGGUGGCCCAGACCUUCAUGGACUCUUGCUCCACGUCGGAGCACCGGCUGGGCAAGGACUCGCCCUCCAACAAGCUGCUCUACGCCAAGGACAUCCCCAGCUACAAGAACUGGGUGGAGAGGUAUUAUUCGGACAUCGGGAAGAUGCCGGCCAUCAGCGACCAGGACAUGAAUGCAUACCUGGCCGAGCAGUCCCGGAUGCACAUGAAUGAGUUCAACACCAUGAGUGCGCUCUCGGAGAUCUUCUCCUACGUGAGCAAGUACAGCGAGGAGAUCCUUGGACCUCUGGACCACGAUGACCAAUGUGGGAAGCAGAAACUGGCCUACAAACUAGAACAAGUCAUAACCCUCAUGAGCUUAGACAGCUGAGAACCGUCCUUCCAGGGCCCCCCUGGAGGGAGGGACACACCAAGCCGUGCCUCAGUCUAGAUUAUCAUCUUUACCAAGUGCAAGUUCCGACUGGCAUCAGCAGCAUCCCCUGUGCAGCACUGUCUCUCUCUCUCUUUCUCUCUAUGCCUCUUUCUGUCUCUCCCUCCUUCCUGGAUCCCUUCUCUUUCAGUUGCUUGGCUAAUACACUUGAAUCAAGCCACCAAUCCUCAGCUAGUCCAGGAUGGCCAGUCCUGAAGAGAGGGACUGGACCAGAAGAUUCCAGAGGGGGCUCUCUUUCCCAGCUGACCCCACGCAUCAGCAACAGGGCCCACAGAUGGAUGAGGAGCCAUGGAUAGAGGACGUUUCUAUGCUGCUACUUCACCUUCCACUUCCUGAGAGCCCCACAUCGGUCCGAACCUUGGCCUGGAGAAGAGACAGUGAGCUCAGUAUUAUCUUCGCUGGGAAGACAUCAACUGGCUCUACUUUCCCACAUUUCCAUCCCCAGGGGGUCAGUCAGUGGUAUGAUCCCUUUGCAACUGUGAGAAGAAAGGCCACACCUCCUGCAGAUGACCAGAGUUGGGGGCAGGGACUGAGGAGUUGGGGGGUGCUCUGUGAGCUGUCCCUCACUUGUUGGGUUGGCAUCCAGAGGCCUCCUUGUCCCUUCUAGUCUUCUUGGAGUUCUUCCAAAUGCCCAUAGGGACCUGCCUGCCAGCCUCCUCCCCUGCCUGUGGAAAGCCAGACAAGAGAAAGAACAGCAGUUACAUUCCACCAUGCGGAUACUCCUCACCUACUCUGGCUUAUAGUGGCAGAAAUGUAACAUGGAGGGCGAGAAGAGGAGAGUUCAUCUACCCUGGAAGCAGAAUUUGUUUUUCAUUCACCCCCGAAUGCAAGUGAAUCCCAACCAUAGUCACCGGCGUACCAUUGCCAGGUCCUCAUCUAGAGAAGGCACCUCCAUCCCCCUUGGUCAUCACUCAUUGAGGGUCAACAUAGAAUGCAGAAUGCAUCCAGGAGAUUCUACCUCCAGCCAUCUCCAUGGCUCCAUCUCCACCACGCUUCCUGACAACUCUCUAGGUGACAACCUAGACUCUGUCACCCUGCAGAAUCCGCUGCCAUUGCUUUAUGGGUAACUUUGUCACUGGACUGUCCAGACCUCCUGGGGUAUUAUUUCAUCAGCAUCUCAAUUGUCUCUUCAGUCACUUGCCUCCCUCAUCUCUUAGCCGCCAUCACUGAAGGAAAUGCACCCACGCACAGCCUCAUGGAGACCAAUCAAAAUGCCAGCCAAACUCAGCCCCUGGCUUGCCAGGUCUGGGAGGACCAAAAAGUCAAGCUGAAGGUCAUGGCCAGAAAUGGGAGGAGGAACAUACAACUGACCUCAGCCCUGACAUCUGUCUGUCCAUCUGUCCCUCCAUCUAUGGAUACAUCAUUUUAGCCAGCCAGGUAGAUAUGCAUCCUAGGUGAGCAUGGACUACGGUGAGAGAUGCUCUGAUGAGAGUUAUGGAAACCUGGAGUCAUGAAGGGACCUUGGAGGCCACCUGGUCCAGUCUCCCACCACCAGCGAGAAUCUCUCCUGGCAGCCCUGGUGUCCAGUGGUGCGAAUCUUCCCUUCACAUCUGCAGCGUCAGACAUCAUUCCUUGUCAUCCACCCAAAGGAGCCCCACGUGGAAAGGGGAAGGAACCACAUCAUUUCCAACAGCAUCUAUGGAGCAUCUUGUGCUUUUAAGAAGGCUCACCCCUUUGGAUAUGAAUAUGUGUGCAUGUGUGUGAGCUCACGCGUGUGCACGUAUAUGUGUGUGUACGUGUGUGCACCCCAGCAGGCAGAGAGCUCAGGAUUUCUUGUCCUGUGUAGGGGGAUCUUGAAAUGUUUCUUUCCUUCUCUACCCUUGCUCAUCAGUUCAUCCUGCAGCUCCAGGACAUUUCAGCACUUGCUUUCUAUGCUGCGUGCUGGUGAGUGCAACGAGAGGUCACCUGUCCAUAGGAAAUCAGGGUGGUCACAGGCUGAGAGAGGCCUGGACGUGACUGGGGCCAGCCAGUGGUGACCCAGAGCAGGGCAUCACGUGGCAUCAGGGAGGACACAUGUGGACAAAACACAAGAAACCUAACAGACGGAAGAGGAGAAUGGGGAAAGAUGCAUGUCAAGGGGGGGAAAUAACCAAAGGUUUUGGCAAAUGAAGUGCCAGGUGAAGAAGCAUGGGAUUAUGGAAUUUCUACCCUAAUCAUUUGAUUUUUCUCCCAAGAAGCCAGGCGCCCUGGCAGGCCAGGAGGGAAGCAUGUGGGAGGCGGGCUGAGGAGGCAGCUCGGCCGCUAAAAUAUUUUUGCACAUGUCAAGGAUGGGGGAGGAGAGAGACACAAACAUAUUUAACACAGAUUUGCUGAAUGGAAAUUGUGAGUGUGUGUGUGUGUGUGUGUGCAUAUGAGUGUGUUUUACUUGUUUUUUAAGUUUUGCACAGAUAGAGAAAAAAAUGAACAAGCAGAAAAAGACUGUUACCAUGGUUCUGCUGAAGCCUCUAUUUUUUACUGGGUUAUUAUUAUUGGUAUUGUUCCUUUGUCGGUACAGACUUUUCUUUCCACGUUUUGUUUUAAGAGAAACUUUGAACACCUCAGAGAAACGUAAAUGGCAGGAAGAAGGGGAGAGAAGAAGGGACGGACUUGCUCGCUCUCCUCGUUUCUCCGAGGGAGGAGGCCAGGCAGGUUUUACCUGACUUGGUGGAAGGGUUGUUGCCGGUGCUUUGCCUGCCCGCAGUCCUGGUAGCCUGCGUGGGGCCUUAGGGAUGGAGAGACAGGGCAGAGUCACACAGAGCCACAGCCCAUCUGGCCUGGCCCGGCCUGGCCCGG